UGGAAGAGUGACUGUAAAGUCUGGAUAUUGCUCAGAGCUGCUUUGGGAAACCAGAAGCUGCUGAAAAUGUCGAGCAGGUAUCACAAAGCAGCGGCUGAUGGCAAUGUGGACCUGUUGAAAGAAGCCACUAGGAAAGACCUCAACGCUUCUGAUGAAGAUGGGAUCACUCCCACCCUUCUGGCAGCCUACCACGGGUACCUGGAAGCUCUGGAAGUCAUAUGCCGGAGGGGGGGUGAUCCGGACAGGUGUGACAUCUGGGGGAACACGGCCCUGCACCACGCUGCCUGCAAUGGCCACAUCCACUGCGUCUCUUUCCUGAUCAACUUCGGUGCCAACAUCUUCGCUCUGGACAACGACCUGCGCACUCCCCUGGAGGCGGCGGCCAGCAGGGACCGCAAGGACUGCGUCCAGAUCCUGGACAAAGCCGCCACCGAGCAGAACCUGCUGAAUCCAAAGAAGGUCUCCAAACAAAAGGCACAGGCCCAGAGGAACGUCGAGAGACAAAUCAAGGAAUGUGAGAAGCGCCAAGAGAAACACCAGCAUGAAAUGAACCGGAAUUACAUUAAAGAAAGGGUUGGCACGGUGAAUUCUUCCAAAGGAACACACUCCAGGGUAAAGUUGCCUGGUCUAUUUGCUUCAAAUACCACAAGUACUUUAACCAAAAACCUGAAAGAUACCUUGAAACUCAAGGCAAAAAAGACAGCCGACAGCACAAGAAGGCAGGAAACACAAAGAAAUGACCAAGAGGAUGAUGCAGGUAGGAGAAGUGUGAUGCAUUUGUUUGAUGAGAAAGAAGAGGAUGAAUUACUGGAUGACCUCGAAGGGAAAAACCUUGCUGAUAAUGACAGUCAGCUCUCCAUUUUUCAGCGGCCAGGUCUUGGCAAGAUUGUGUUUGGAAGGAAUUUGGCUGCAGAGGUAAAUCCUGAAACUGUGUCUUCUGAGAAAGAAGGGAUAAGAUUUACAAUGGCCAGUGAGCUGUUUCAGUAUGAGAAUGCUGAGAAUGGCGGGGAAGAUGAUGCUGAAAACAGCGCUGAUGUCCCUUGGAAUGAGGAAGAAGUCAUUUGGGAGGAUGAGGAAGCAGAAAAUACACCCCUUGAAGUGUUUCUGGCAUCACAGAUGCUGGAUGAAUUUCUUCCAGUCUUCAUGAGAGAAAAAAUUGAUUUAGAUGCCCUGAUGCUAUGCUCUGAUGAAGAUCUACGCAACAUUCAGAUGGAGCUUGGGCCAAGAAAGAAAGUCCUGAAUGCUGUGAAUAAAAGAAAGCAGGCACUCGAGAGCCCUGGGAAAGCUGUAGAUACUUGCUUAUAAAUUAUCAUAGCAGUUGUUGUAGCCUACACACUGAUUCGUUACCUUUCCCUCUUUCCAAAGAGUGUGCAACUCUUUUCAGAACUCUACUAAAGCAGAAGGCAGAGAGGUUACCAAUUGCUUUAGAAAGUACAGCAGGGAUAAAAUUUUUCUCUCUGGAGAGAUAGUUGUGGUGAACAGGAUAUUAAGUAAAGCAUGUUCUGCCAAAGGAAAAAAGAAAAAAGAAUGGGAAAGAAAAAACCCAAACGCUUUUUCUCCCUGAACUGUUUAUGUGGAUUGGAUUUCUUUUGGUCCAGAUAAUUUAAAAUAUCUGUGAAGACCAGGCCCAUUGCAUUCUUUACUAAAGGCCUCCCUUUCUUCUCCAAAACCACAAUGCAAAGAGCAUUCUCAGAGCUUGGGAGCUUUGAGUUUUCUCCAUUUGCUUCUGUAAGAUCACUACAAACAACUCUUCUUGGUACUGAUGGUGUGUUAGAAAAGACAUCUGAAUCUUGAUUUUAGCUGUGGUUCAUUGACUCUAAUCAGAUCUGAAUUAAUGUAAAUAAUACUAAUUUACAGCAAGUUUCAUAUUUUUGUCAGUAAAGUUUUUACUUCUGUAUUGACAAUAAUUUAAAAAUACAUGAAGUAUUCUCCCAAGAGAUGUUCAGUGUGAGUUGUAUAUUCCUUUCUUAUCUCAUUAGACUGGAUCCAACUACCAGCACCCAUCAUGUCCUAAAUGCCAUCAAGGCUGCAGUACUUUUAUCUACAAGAAGCUGAUGUUUAAUUUUCAAAAUUUUGGAUCUGUGUUGGUAUACCCUCAGCUUGGUUCCUAUAGGCUGCAUUUUCCAUGCAAAGUCCCAGAAAUGAGGAUUCAUAUCACACACCAUUUUCUGUGGGUUGUUGUCAGCCUUAGCCUGAAAGCUGUGUAUCACACUCACACAGAGAGCCCAUCAAAAUAAAAAGAAAAUGAGAUGUGCUGCUGUGGAAGCUCCUGCUCCUCACAGUCUAUCUGGAGGCAUUCACAGCAGGGUUCCCCUGUUCCUUUGGGAAGCCAGCACUCUCAGAUAUAAAUUAAUCACUCCUGUUGAGUUUUGUGACUCUAAUAAGGUGUUUGCAGCAGCCAUGCUCUGGCUAAGAUCACAGAUUUUAGAUGCACAUUUAUUAGCAGAACAUUCAUCUUUAAAUCUCUUUUUAUAGCUUUCCAUUAGCCAGCUAUGAUUUUUUCCUUAGGGGAAUGUGGCAUUUGUGGACACUAAUCCUGGUUAAUGAUCUGUGUUUUUUCAUGUUUCUUCUUUCCAUAUCAUCUUGUGACUUUGAUUUGUGUAUUACAGCACCUUGUCUUGGCUGAACUUUAUACUGCACUCUUCCCUGCUUGGAUUCCUGCACUACAGCAGGUCGAUCUGUUCUUAUAUGAAGCAAUCACAUCAAAGUCCUGUUCUGUGCAACCUUCCAUGGUUGCUGUGCUCAGCACAGUAAUUCAGACACCUUCCCCCCAGACUCUGUGCCUGGUUGUUUUCAUUUUGGCUAAGAAACUCCCAAAUGUUUAACAAAGCAAGAAGGAACCAAUUAAUCUUUCAUAUUUGAAGGCAUAUGAUUAAGUGGAUUUUCAAUCCCCCUUCCCAUUGCUGCUGAGGCCAGCCCAGCCUCAUCCCUCCCUGCAUCCUCUGGUCCCUGCAGCAGCUCAGUUCCACACCCCCAGCACACAGGGCUGGCACAAGGUCUGUACUGCUCCAGUGACUCCUCUCUGCUGCAAAGUGCUGAGCAUGAUGCACCCUUUUCAGGGCAGAUUUUAAAUAAGUGGGUUGGAUUCAGCUACCCAGGAAAUACUUUUGACAACUCUAAGCAUGCAAAUGCCUGUCACCGACGGGAGGCAAGUGUAGGUAGAGGAGAAGGCACUGCAAGGAACCAAGGAUCUCCAUAUUGCACUGAAAAUCUGCCUCUCUGCUUACUCAUCUGCAGCCUCUGACAACCAGAGAGAACAGCAGAGACCAUCUGCACAUAAAUAACUCAGUUGCCACAGGCAUCCUCAGUGUUCAGGCAUCUCCUUAGGUAUUUGCAGUGACUCUGGAGCUAAAAGGAACAGCACCAGACCUGUGGGCGUUCCUUGUCCUCCAGAAACUGUAUCAAGAGACUGCAAGAAGCCCCAGAGCACCCCAUAUGAUACUUAUUUUUAGGCAACUGAAUAAAUUUUUUAUUUUUAUACUUUUUAAUUUUAAAAAGUGCGAUAGUGCUAACCCUUUUCUUAUGGGAUGGUAUAAAGUAGCCCUGUGGAAAAAAAAUGGGGGAAAAAUAAAUCAGCCACAAACCAGAAAAGGAAUGGACAACAACAUGAAAGUCAAAGAAAACCAGCAGUAUCUAUUUGAUUUUAAUAUAAAUGCAAGUUACACAAGUUCAUAAUCCACUAAUUUGUAAGAGAAGGAAACAUAGAAAUUGAUGCUAUUAUUUCCCCUCAGAAAAAUCUAAAGGUGGCAUUCAAGCAAUUUCCAUUGUAACUGAACCAAAUCCUCUUCAUGACAUCAGAGGUGCAACACUGAAGCCAGGCUCCCAAAAUCUCCCACUGCCAGUGAGGCUGAGAACAGUGUGGGUUUUCAGAACCAGGUCUUUGGACUGGCUCCAUUUACUCUUUAAAGUGCAUAGUCUGUAGGACAGUACCUGUGAAAAUAAACUGGACUUGUCUUCUUCCCAAACACAUCAAAUUACAAAUCUGGUGUCACACUGGCACAGAACUGGGAUAAUACUGCCAUAAUUAUUAACUGCAAGUUUCCAUACAGUUCUUGAAUAAUGGAACAUCACUGGCUUUAAUGUUUACCUCAAGUUAGUGUAGUUCUGCAUCACUGAAGUAACAAACUAAGUCAACACAUACACUUCUGAACACCUCAGAAA